ACGGAACACAGUGGUAGUCGUCGGCAGCCAUUCGCCCAGCACCAACGUCGCGCUUUUCGUCGCUAAUUUUUCUCGCCCGCAAUUUGCAUUGCAAAUGCAGAUAUGCAGGCGAAAUGUAAUUGAGCGAAAAACGACAAGUGAAUUUACUGUAGUUACGGUUUUCGGUCGGUAAAGUUGACAGCGCGUCGGUUAUUCACUGAGUCAGGCACAUACGGAGAGGUUCAGCCCAGACCACGUGGCCUGCUCCAGACGAAGGACCAAUAGAAUUAAAACUUCAAAUUUUGAUCGGAGAACCACUGGAGCCUUAUUUUACCUGCAGAAAAUGGGCUGGGACUGGGAAUGGGCAAUCAAAGGUAUCACUGAUGAGAUUCCAAGGACGACGGGACCGGAGUGCAUCAAUUACAUGACCGAUAGGCGGCGAUGGAUAGAGACGGUUUUGCUGUCGGCCCUAUUCAUUUUCAUAAUGCACCGCUCGUGGCAGAGACUUGCGCCGAUCAAGCUCCCACCGCUCCAUGAGAUACAGAAGCCCCACAGCCCCACCAGGCUGUUUCUAUUAAUCGCCAUGUCCAUUAUUUUCGGCAUUGAAAUGGGUUUCAAGCUUUCAGGCCAAUCGAUGAUUUUCGCCCUGAAUCCCUGCCACGUGCAAACGUGUUUGCAGAUUUAUCUCCUGGCUGCCAAGCCAACUAAGAUGACGACAGCACUGUUUCGAAUUCAAAUGAGCAACCUGAAUGGACCUUUUCUUGCCUUCGUCUUCCCGGAAGUGGAGGGUCGUACCUAUCCAUUUGAGCAGGCAACUUACUGGAUUCAGCAUGCACUUCUCUAUAUAAUUCCGAUCUACAUUAUCCGAAGCGGCGCUUACACUGUUGAGGACUUGGGUGAACUCCAUUGGUCCCACAUAGGCACAGCCUUUAUGCUGUUCUACCACUUCGUUCUGCUAUCCCCGCUCUCCAUUUUUACAGGAAUUAAUCUGGACCACAUGCUUUGCGCUGCAAUGUCAGAUCCAUUCCAGGGUCCUAAUUACCGGCUGUUUGCCUGUUGCCACCAAGCAUUGCUCUGUCCUCUGCUAAGCAAGGGCACAGUGCUGCUUUUCGGGCGCGGGAGUCGAAACAGCGCCGCCCUAAAUGGUUCAGGCGGCAUGACAGAAACGGGGAACGACGCGCCUCAAUAUCACCAGCUCUCUGCGCCAGAGUACGCCACUCAAAAGGAGGCUACGGAGGCGCUGAUCCGGCACCGGUACAACACCCAGGCGACGGCUGCGGCGGGAGGAGUUCAUCAACAUGACGUGGGAGACAUUGCGGCUAUGACGGCGGAGUAUACAAUGCCCACAACUAAGAUAGACUAGUAUAGGGCCAGCCAGAGGGUUCUAGAAUGCGUACAGCGUCUAUUAUGCCUGUCAAUUCACGAAAUGCGUUUAGUUACACAUGGGUCUAUGCUUUACAGCUAGUUCUGAAAUACCAAGUAUUUGAAAGGUGAAUGUCUUAUACCAAAGACAUGUACAUACAUACAUAAAUAAUAACAAUUAAGGCUAAUUUGUAUGCUCAUCGAGGUUAUACUUCUAUCUGAAACUUAUACGCGUUCUAAAAGCUACAUAUUUUAUGUAUGGAUUUGUUUAGUGGACACCUGCGGCUCUUACUAUUGUGUCAUGUCCAAAGUUACGAAACAGCAAUAAAUUACAAUAGUGUACAUUUCGAUAGUUGUAAGAUAAUAGUGAUGAAAUAAUAAAUUGUCAAAUUCAAA